AUGUCAUCAACAGCCUGGUCCAUCUCCAAGGCUUCUGACAUCGUGGGCAGGGGUUACGAGACACACACACGCGGAUCACCAGCACUAGAGCUAGCAGACUCCGUCACCAGUGCCAAAGAUGUCAGACCUACAUCCUCGCACUUCCUCCUCGAGGCAGCCGCCGUGGUUACCUUCUUCAGUCUCCCCAGCGAAAUCAAAGUUCAGAUCGUCGAGACUACAGCGUCGUAUGACAUCGAGAAUUUUGCUCUGUGCUGCGAGCUAGUCCAUAGCCUCGCAGGAGCGACCUUGAGGCAGCAUAAAGUGGACAAAGAGUUGUACUCCAGGUUCGAUUCGCCUCGCGUUUGGGACGCGGGAAAUUCGGAGUGUCUAGCAGCCUAUUGGAAAAUCCAGGCAAUAGCAGAGAGCAGAUGUCUUCGACUCUAUCCUAAGAUUGUCAUCGUGGAGAAUUGCACGCUUUCGGACCAAAAUCGCAGAAGAGCCAGGGAGCUCGGAGUACUGAGUGAAGUCAGGCGCAUAUGCGAUGUCAUCUUCAAUGAAUUGACUCACCAGGUACGGACAAGGAUGAAAUGA